AUGCAAAGGAUACAGCGGCGGGAGCAGCAGGAUAAAGCAGCAGAAAUGGGACACCGCUUCCCAGGGAGGGCAGGACCUUCAGACGACAAACCCUGCACUGGAAACCAGCACAUCUGCAUCCAGUCAGUCACUGGUCAGCUGGACUGCUGGGUCCAACCAAACGUCUUCCAGGACAGAGAGGACACCAAAGGCCUCGUGGAACCCAGAGUCAGCUAUCCGACUAUCGACAGCCACAACAUCAACCAGGCGAUCACCAGGGAGUCAUGCGAGCAUCCCUGCCUGAACGGAGGACAGUGCAUUCAUCCAGAGUCAUGUGACUGCAGCUUGUACCAGGCCACCGGGUACAGGUGUCAGACAGUUCCAAAUCCCGGCUUUGAGAGGGAGAUGACGUGUAGGUCGUGGGGUCAGUACAACUUUGAGACCUUUGACGGCCUCUACUUUUACUUCCCUGGUCGGUGCACGUACACGCUGCUGAAGGACUGUGAGGAAACCACCCAGGCCGCCAUCGUCAUCCAGGUGCACAAUGAUGCUGGCUGCAGCUCCGCCCCCUACACCUGCCAACGCUCCGUCAGUGUUUUCCUGCCGUGGGACGGCGAGAUCCGGCUGCACACCACCAACGUUACCUACAAAGGCAGGAGUUUGCAGCUGCCUCAUCACAUCCACGACCUGCAGCUGGAACAGAUCUCUCAGUACGUGCUGGUGACGCAGACGCAGGGCUUCACGCUGGCCUGGGAGGGCCGCAGUGGCUCCGUCUACAUAAAACUCAACCCGGAGUUUGUGGGCAGGACCUGCGGUUUGUGUGGCAACUUCAACGCUGAUGUCCAGGACGACAUGAAGACGAGCUACGGUCUUCUGACUGAUGACAUAGAAAUGUUUGGAAACAGCUGGGUGGAGACGGAUCCGCACCGGGACAGAUGUCCCACCGUGCCUUCUGGUUUCCCCUCACCUUGUGCUGGAGUCGACCCUGAUGUCUUGGUUAAAGUGGAGGAAGUGUGUGCCGCGCUGCUCGACCCGCCGUUUCAGAGCUGCCACGACUUUGUGAGCCCGCUGUCCUACAUGGCCAGCUGCUCCAACGACCUCUGCAUGUCGGGUCCCAGCGGUGAUGUGGUAUGCCAGGUGUUCAGCGAGUACGCCCGAGCCUGCGCCCACGCUGACCACCCACUGCACGACUGGAGGCGGCACAUUCCUCAGUGUGUGAAGCCGUGUCCUCUGGGGCUGCAGCACAGAGAGUGCAUCAGCUGCUGCCCGGCAUCCUGCAGCCUGGAGCGCACGUGCAUUGACAGCAGGUUGGCCUGCCUGGAUGGAUGCUACUGUCCCGACGGGCUGAUCUAUGAGGAUGGAAGCUGCGUGACUCCCUCCGACUGUCCGUGUGAGUACCGCGGCAUGUUUUACCCCUCCGGACAGACUCUGCAGGAGGAAUGCAACAACUGCACAUGCCUGGGUGGAGUGUGGACCUGCACUGACUACAGCUGCCCAGGCGAGUGUUCGGUGACAGGUGACAUGUAUUUUGAGUCCUUUGACGGACGGAUCUACACCUUCCCUGCAACGUGCCAGUAUGUCCUCGCCAAAAGUCGCAGCUCAGGAAAGUUCACAGUCACCAUCCAGAAUGCCCCCUGCGGAGCGAAUUUGGACGGGGCUUGCAUCCAAUCAGUUAAUCUGGUUAUUGAUGAGGAUCCAAGAACAGAGAUCACACUGAGUCACGUCGGGGAGGUCUUUAUGGCUGGACAGUACCGCAUCUCCCUGCCCUAUUCUGACGAUAUCUUCCACAUCCAGGAGCUGUCGUCCAUGUUCCUCCAGGUGAGGACUUCGUUCGGCCUCCGUCUGCAGUACAGCCCGACGGAGUUUCGUCUCUACCUGCAGGCAGACGAGUCGUGGAAAGACAACACAGUGGGGCUGUGCGGCACGUUCAAUGGCAACAUUCAAGAUGACUUCCUAUCUCCAUCAGGAAUGAUAGAGAGCACGCCUCAGCUGUUUGGAAACAGCUGGAAAGUGUCGUCAGCUUGUUCCCUCGCCCCGAGUACGCCUCAGCUCGAUCCCUGUGACGCUCAUCAGCAGGCCGUGACCUACGCCUCAGAGAUGUGCGAUGUGCUGAAUCAGGAUCUGUUCUCCGCCUGUCACGAGUACCUCAGUCCGACACCCUUCCAUCAACAGUGUCGCGCAGACACCUGCAAGUGCGGGACGCCCUGCCUCUGCUCCGCACUGGCUCACUACGCUCGACACUGCCGCAGAUUCUCCAUCAUUAUUGACUUCCGAUCGCACAUAUCCGACUGUGCGGUCACCUGCCCUGCCACCAUGCAGUACGGCACCUGCGUGUCCUCCUGCCAGCGACGCUGCACCUCCCUCUCCGUCUCACCGCACUGUGGGGAGGAGUGUGAGGAGGGCUGUGUCUGCCCCCAGGACUCCUUCUACAACCACCGGACACACACCUGCGUGCACAGGAGCGAGUGUCCCUGCAGCUUUCUUGGAGCAGAUUAUGAACCAGGAGAUGUGAUCAUGACGUCAGCAGGUGUUCAACUCUGUCUGUCUGGUAAACUGGUGUCUCAAACUGCAGACAUCGACGUGUUGUGUCCAGCGGGUCAAGUGUACCAGAGCUGCUCGGAGGGCGAGGACGGCCUCCUGCCAGGAAGGGGCGUGGCCUGUGAACGAACCUGUGAAUCUUACCUGCUCAACAUCACCUGCUCAACACAUGAGCCCUGUGUGGCAGGAUGUACCUGCCCUCCUGGUCUGCUGAAACAUGGAGACGAAUGCUUCGAACCUGCAGCCUGCCCCUGCCUUUGGAAAGGAAAAGAAUAUUUCCCCGGCGACAGAGUUUCCUCCUCCUGCUACCAGUGUGUUUGCCAGCACGGGACGUUCCAGUGUGUGUUUCGUGCAUGUCCAUCCAUGUGCACGGCUUACGGUGAUCGCCACUACAGGACCUUCGAUGGGCUGCUGUUUGACUACGUUGGCGCGUGCAAAGUCUAUCUAGUAAAGAGCAGCGCUGAUGUGAUGCUCAGCAUCACGGCUGAGAACGUGGACUGUUUUGAAGGUGGGGUCAUCUGCAGGAAAUCAAUUCUGAUCAGCAUUGGAAGAUCCUUCGUAGCGUUUGACGAUGACACCGGGAAGCCAAACCCGUCCAGUGUGAUUGACAGGAGGCAGCAGAUGUUGGUCUGGCCGGCUGGAUACUUCACAGUGAUUCAUUUCCCAGAGGAAGACGUCACCGUCCUCUGGGAUCGCAAAACCACCGUCCACGUCCAGGUUGGGCCCCGCUGGCAGGGGAAGCUGAGUGGCCUGUGUGGGAACUUUGACCUGAAGACAGUGAACGAGAUGCGAACACCUGACAACAUCGACUCUCCAACGCCACAGGAGUUCGGAAACAGCUGGACGGCAACAGAGUGUGUGAACAGUCCGGACAUCAGACACCCUUGCACGCUCAGUCCUCUCAGAGAGCCUUUUGCGAAGCGUCAGUGUGGCGUCCUGCUCAGCGAGGUCUUCCAGACCUGCCACCCAGUGGUGGAUGUUACCUGGUUCUACAUGAACUGCCUUGCAGACACGUGUGCCUGCAGUCGUGGAGGCGACUGUGAGUGUUUCUGCACCAGCGUGGCAGCGUACGCGCAGCGCUGCUGCCACGAGGGCGUUCCUGUCGACUGGCGCUCCCCGUCUCUCUGUCCGUAUGAUUGUGAAUUCUACAACAAAGUUCUGGGUAAAGGUCCUUUCAGACUGUUCACGUUCAGGGAUCGGACGAGUCUGCUGGCGGUCAACAGGUCUGGUGGGUUUUUGUUGGUGCAGCGCGCCAACAUCAGCGCCAGCGCAGCGCCGGAUGUCCUCUCACUGUUCAUGAUGACGCCAGGCCUCAGCAGGGCUCGACCUCACGACACAUCCCGAGUGUCCUUUGAGGCAGCCGACAGACCGAACUAUUUCCUGCAUGCCUUGCCCAACGGCCAGGUGAGGCUGGCCAAGUGGGAGGAGAGUGAGGCAUUCUGGGAUGGAGCCACCUUCGUCAUGCACAGGAACACCUGGAUCGCUGGUUACGACUCGCUGGAGUCGCACGCAAAACCUGGCUUCUUCCUUUACGCCAAGCAGUCCCGCCUCCACCUGCUCAAAUAUAGACACGCUGACAUUUUCCGGAAGGCGACGCUGUUCAGGCUCUCAGGCCCUGGUCCGGACAACCUGCCGGGUCCCCGGUGUCAGUGGCGGUACGACUCCUGCGUCAGCCCCUGUUUUAAGACCUGCAGCGACCCGUCAGCCGAGGCCUGCGUCACCAUACCACAAGUUGAGGGUUGUCUUCCUGUCUGUCCGCCACACAUGGUGUUGGAUGAAGUCACCCGUCGGUGCGUCUAUGUUGAAGACUGUAUGAAGGUCCCAGCUGCUGCCCUGCCUGCAACGCCAGCAGCUGCAGGAGUCACUUCUGCAGCCACCACCAGUGCUGCCACCUCCACCGCUCUUCCCAACGCCACCGUCUUCACCACUGCAUCCUUCACGCCUCCUCACACAGAUCCCACGGCUAAAGUCACGGUCUCUUCUUCUUCUAACAGCAGAGCUUCCAACUACCGCAACAGCGCCUCCUGCUGUUCGACCAGAGGUGGUGGAGCCACUGUUUACUGUCAGGGUGACAGAAGCCCCUCCUACCACCUUAACAGGGCCAACAACGAGGACAACUGGGCCACUAGCAGCUUCACCAUCCACCACUUCAUCCCGGGCCACGACCUCUGCUGCGGGGCCAGCCCCAGUCAGCACUUCUGCUCAUGUUGCUGCAGUUACAGAGGCGACUACCACUUCCAGUCCAGCUAUCACAAGUACCAGCAGAAAAACUGCAACCAUGGAGGAAAAAACUACAACACCGACUCUCAUCUUGCCUGGUUUACCAAGCACGAGCCCUACAACAGCUUCAGCUCUGUCGACUCCACCUUCCUUCACGGCAGCCACUACAGACUGGGGAACAUCAACAAAGACAGUCACUACGGCCGAAUCCCCUGCAUCUAUUUAUACCGAAAGACUGUCCUGGUCUCCAGGUGUUCCAGUAACAGAGAGAACCACCACCAGUGCAAAAACUUCACGCCCUCUAGCUGUUCUGGAAACAUCCGCCAUGCCUACAGAUUCUUCAUUCACUACAGAAAUGACUUUACCAUCAGUGCCAUCUACAGAAACCACUACUGUACCACUCUUCCCGACACGAGACAGCUCCACCCGUCCUGCCUCUACAGACUGGACCUCUGGGCCGUGGCGUCCACCCCAUGGAGAGACUUCCUCCACCCCUUUCUACAGACCCACUUUGGAGACCGCAUCAGCAUCGGAGCGCCACCUGCUGUUACAGUCACCACGGGUAGACCUGUCAUCACUCAGCCUACUAGGCCAACGACACAUCCAGCAACAGACAGAGCGCAGGUGUCAACGGAAGCUACAACUUUACUACCCCCGUUAUUACCCAAGCUCAAUACAACCAUCUCUGCAGCAGCUACGAGUGCAGCUACAGUUGUGGACAAAACCACCACCCAGACGGUGCCUGCAUCAUCAGCUACAUCCACCACAACCUCUACCAGCCUCACGCGGACAACCACUCUCAGAACUACACUCAGAGUUCCUGUGACAACAAGGGUCACACCCAGAAUCACAUCAGCAGACAGGUCAACCUACAGGCCGGUCACUGCAAGGGUUACCAUAGCAAUGAGGCCCUCAACGGUGACAACCAGGUCAACCACUCUAGGACCACCACCAGUAGCGCCGAGCUGGAGCACGACCACUACAUCCAGGGAGACCAUCGCAACAUCAGCUGAAACAGGUCACCGCCUGACUACCACCACAGCUCCAGUGCCCAUUCGUACACUAGCAACCACCACCACAGGAUCUGUAUCUGUUUCUACGGCAACCACCAGAGAGUCAACCUCAUCUGAGAGGAUCAUAAGUACCAAGGAGCCCGAAGUAUCACCAACAACCUCCAAACCUGUGACACCACGACAUGACGGAACAAUCUCCACCCAGAGGCCUGGUGCUCCGGUUCCUGCUGUCACCACGGUCCAAACGACCGUGUCAGACAGAGUCAGUCUCACCAGCGCAGCUGCAACCACGCCUUCACAACCAGCCACAACAACCAGCUCCAAGAAGGAGCACACGGCGUCUCUGACUGCGUCACCUACCAGGAUCUGCACUCCUCCAUAUGCAGAGAUUAUUGACGAAUGCACAAAGUACAUCUGCGUCAACAACCAGCUCAUCUUGUUCAAUAAAUCCCAGAGCUGCCCCUUCACAGCGGACCCACCACACUGUGGCCUGCUUGGUUUCGCAGUUCUGGUCAAUGGAGACAAGUGCUGCCCUAAGUGGGAUUGUCCAUGUCGAUGCUCGGUGUUUCCUGAUCUGAACGUGAUAACUUUUGAUGGGAAUAGUGUUGCCAUCUACAAGGCAGCCUCGUAUAUAGUGACUCAACUUCCCAACGAGACCGUCAGUGUCCUGAUUCAGGAGUGUCCGCCUGGCUCCGAAUCCCCGUUCCUCUGGAAUUUCACCAACUUGUGUCUGGUGUCGCUCAACAUCACCCACAACUCCGACCAUGUCAUCAUCAACAGGCUCCAAAGGAGACUAUAUGUUAACUCACGCUACGCGAAACCCCGGUUCAAAAAGUAUGGCUUUGAGAUCUACGACACGGGAAACAUGUACCUGAUCCGCAGCCCAGCCGGUCUCAAGAUGCAGUGGUACCACAGCACCGGCAUGAUGGUGGUUGACUCUGACAGCUCCAGCAAAAAACUCCCCACCAUGGGCCUCUGUGGCUUCUGUGAUGGAGACCCGUCAAAUGACCUGACCAUGGCCAACGGCACCACACUGGGCACCAACGAAGACCCGGCCGUGUUCAUUGACAGCUGGCAGGUUUCUAACACCACCGGCUACAUCAGCCACAGCCGCCGCCGUGAACUCAACUGUUCCACCAGCGAUUGCUCCAGCUGCCUGGCCAUGCUGGAGAAACACGCCUUCACCCCCUGUCACGCAUUUGUGACUCCCAGCACAUUCUGUGAGGUUUGGGUCCGAGACUCUGAAUAUGUCAACAAUCAGUGUGUGGCUCUUGCUGCAUAUGUGGCAUCCUGCCAUAAGUUCAACAUCUGCAUUGAGUGGAGGAGACCAGAUUACUGCCCCUUCAUUUGUCCCGACACUCUCCGGUAUCAGGCUUGUCUGCCAGCGUGUACGUCUCAGUCCUGUCCAAACCACGACUUUGACUCAGACCCAGACCAGUGUUCAGGCCUGACCGAGGGCUGUGUGUGUCCUGAAGGAACACUCCUCCACAGGCCGUACUCUGCACUCUGCAUCCCCCCUGAGAGAUGUGCGUGCACCGACAGCUCCGGAGGUCCUCGUGCACACGGAGAGGUCUGGAAAGCCUCGAAGGACGGCUGCUGCAUGUACCGCUGCGACAACGACACCAUCGUUUCCGUGCAGUACAACUGCUCCAACAUCCCUCUGCCCACGUGCCACCGAACAGGAGAAGUGAUCAUCAACAUGGCCGACGACACCAGCUGCUGCCCGCAAAAAGUCUGCGUGUGCAAUCAGAGCCUGUGUGAGACGCUUCCUGCUGACUGUAAAUACGGGGAGAAGCUGGUGUCGUACUACAGACGAGACUCCUGCUGUCCGGACUACGCUUGUGAGUGUGAUCCUGAGCUCUGUGAGUCCAACAUUCCCACCUGCAGAGACGACCAGACUCUGAUCGCCACCAGAGCCGACGGCAGCUGCUGUCUGGCCCACAUCUGCAUGUGUUCCUCCUGCUCAGAGUCGCCUCCUCUCUGCCAGGAUGGCGAGGUGCUUACCGUUGACGGCAACACCACGGAUCGCUGCUGCCCUGCCUACCAGUGCGUGUGCGAGCCCUACAGGUGUCCUCAGCUCAGUUGUCCUGUUGGGAUGUCGGUGGUCUCUGUGUCCACUCCAGACCGCUGCUGUCCCAACCAAACAUGCGAGUGUUCCUGUGAAAAGAUCUCCUCUCCAAAGUGUGGCCUGGGAGAAGCUGCACAGCUGGAUCGGACCUUUCUGUCCGACCCACAGAACCAAUGUGCCUGCAAGACAUUCAAGUGUGUGCGCGAGGCGGUGUGUGUGUUUGGCGAGCGUGGUGUGCUGUGGCCGGGUCAGACUCUGGUGGAGCGCGGAGACGACGGCUUGUGUCACAGCAGACAGUGCAGCCGCGUCGUUGACGUGGCGAGCGGCUUCCACGUGCUCCGCACCUCCAGCAUCAACUGCUCCAUCCACUGCCAGCCAAAUCAGAUUUACAUUCCUCCCAAAGAUCAGUCGUCCUGCUGUGGCGUCUGCAAGAAUAUUUCCUGCCUCUAUCAGCAUGAGAACGGGACCACAGGUCUCUAUAAGCCGGGGAAGUCCUGGGUAUCAAACUGCAUGAAUUUCAACUGCACCGAUACUCUGUCUGGACCGACGCUCAUCUCCUACUCCUUCAGCUGCCCCCCCUUCAAUGAAACCGAGUGUGUGAAGAUCGGUGGAACGGUUGUAAGUUACAUGGACGGAUGCUGCCAGACAUGCAAAGAAGAUGGAAAGUCCUGUCAGAAGGUGACCGUGAGGAUGACGAUCCGAAAGAACGACUGCCGCAGCAACAGACCUGUGAACAUUGUCUCCUGUGAUGGAAAGUGUCCUUCCGCCAGCAUCUACAACUACAACAUCAACACGUACGCUCGCUUCUGCAAGUGCUGCAGGGAGACGGGGCUGCAGCGGCGCUCCGUGCAGCUGUACUGCAGCAGCAACGCCACGUGGGUCAGCUACACCAUCCAAGAGCCCACCGACUGCUCCUGCCAGUGGUCCUAAACAUGCACUCUCACCCACAUUUGCAUCCACAACCACACACAGCUUUCAGAAGAUGAGGACCGGGACACCUCAGCCAUGUUGUUUUGGGAUGUUGACAGUGAGUAUCGGUACUGCAGGGCGACGGAGGAUGUGUGAAGGGCUCACCUGCCUGUUAAUAACAUAAGAUGUUGCAGGGCCUCCGCAGGCAGAGAGGUGGCGCUAGAGAGCAGCCAGGGUAUAUAAUAAUAAAAUAGUAGUGAAAUUUGUUGGUUUGAGGGAAAACUCUGCAGACUGAGACUGCUUUCAUGUUGUAAUCAAUCAUGUUUCUAAACAGUCUGAAGUGAUGCAGAAUAUGUGGUUGUAAUUUCAAUAUCAAGUUCUGUAUUUGUGUCUCCUUCAAAGCUGAAG